CGUUCUUUUCCGGACCGGACAAGCAGGCAGGACGUAUAAUUAAAUUUUGCGCUCAAGUAUAAUAGAAACCAAAAUGGCUGCCCGUAUUCAAGCGUUAUUAGACACAUUUACCGUGGAUGAUGAGAUUACCAAUUGGGUUCCCAAUGACAAUACUGUGGAGCUCAUUGGAUUUGUGGACAAAAUCGAGGGCACUAAGAGAGUACCAGUAUCAAAAGGAAGCACACUUACAACACCUCUUUAUAAGAUUAUUGUCAGCAAUGGCAGUUCCAGCAAGGUGCGCGUCCUGUUCUGGGGGCCAAUGGCUAUCGACUAUUCAGCUAAAAUUCGUGACCGAACAAUUAUUAAAAUUAGCCGUAGAAAAACUGCUCCAGGAAAUAUCUCUUUUAACAACCCGUAUGAAUGUAUUGGGCCCUUGGAGUUAACUUUGAAUAAUUCAUCUACAAUUGAAAUCAUGAAAGAACUCUUUGACGAAGUCGUCGAUGAUAGUCCUGUCGAAACAGUAUCUUUGAUCAAUGCUCCAAAUUAUAAGAAGAAGAUGUAUGUCUUAGGAUGGCUUAAACUUCCGUUCAAUCCAGUUACAUCAUACGGUAGUACAUACGGUAGUGGUGUAAUCAUCAACGGUAAUAAUCGGCUGAAGGUCCAAAUUGCCAAUUACGUGGAGAAUCCGAAGAUGACCAAAGGCGUGUACCGUAAAGUUUUGUGUGAAAGCUCCGUUGAUUCAAAAGGAAUCUCUUUCCUCAUAGUACACAACAGCACUGAUAUUACUCUUGAAGAAGGUCAAGUGGUCAUGACUGAGGCAGCUCUUCGCAAAACAGGAUUCAUUACACCCAAGAGAAGCUCAGAAGAUGACCAAGGAGGCGUUCCAGAAAGACAGUUUGCACCUUUUGCUUAAUAAUCUUAUCCAAUAAGUCAACAUAAGUUUUAUCUACCCGUUUAUAAAGCAUGACUUGGAUAUGCUAAUUGUCCCUUAUUAAAAUUAUUAACACUUAAUUUUUUUUUUCAACAUUGUAAAUUUUUAAAUAUUUAAUGAUUACUAAUUG